AUUCCCCGUGGUGGCACUGCACAUCUGUAAACCCGCGGUGGGCGGUAAAUCGCUCGUAAUGUCGGACAGAGCAGGAACGAGCUCUGGUUGCUAGAAGUUCAAGCUCAUACUGAAGAUGCGGACGAACAACAGAGAAUGAGCGAACGAAGCGCGUACUUAUGUGAGCGUAUUGAAACGGCCCAAAAGCGGCGGAACUAUCUCAUCGUCGGGCAGGACAACGCACCGGUAAUUCUAGCAUCACCAAGGGCCUCACACAACUAUGCUCUGCUCAUUAUUGUAGCUGUCACCAGCAUGCUCGUACCAGCCUCUACGCACGCCAGCUGCUUUUCUUGAUGGAUCGCAGCUCAGGAAGGUCGUCAGACACGCUAGAACGGCGCGUAAGUUCUCAUGCCUGUGAGUACAGUGGUGCACGCAUAGCAUCGUGAAAUUGAGUCUUCCCAUCCGAU